AUGCAGUCACAAGGUUCGACGCAGUCCUCAGCGAUCAAGUUAGAAAGUGGUCGACUGAAAGAGACUAAAAUUAAUGUUUGCUCUUACGAAAUGUAUGAGAUGGAGCUUUUAGACAGAGCAAUGAUAUCACUUCAAAGAACUGAAGAAGCUUAUGUUGACAUAAAUAACAGAAUCAUUGACAAUGUUAAUCAGCGCAAAGAAAGAUUAAAUACUAUCAACGGUAGAAUUCUGGGCAUCUCACAGAAGAUUUUAACCUUAUAUGGAGUCAAAUCUGCCAUGAGGAUCGUCUCACCAGCUCAUUUCCCUGAUGUUUAGAAAGAUAACAACAAAUAAUCUCAUCCUCACUAAUCGAUGUUCUUUGAUCCAAUGAGUUCUUUCGACUAAAAUUAAAGGCCAGGAGAUUAUCCAGAACUUAGUAGCGUCAAGUUAAGGAAGUUAUUUAACAAUAGACUUCAAAAUGAGCCUGAAAACUUGAAGAAACUUGUUUCUGGAGUCACGAAAGAUAUCAAUGAUAUUUCGAAUCUAAUUUUGUCAUUCUAAAGAUAUAGAUCAACAAUUAGCGAUUUCAAAUAAGGUCUUCAAACGAAGCAAGCAAAUUUACCUGGAGGCGCAUUAGAACAGUCUGAAGGAUUACUUGGAAGAGUCCCAGAAAAUACUGAGUCAAUAGCAGAAUUGAUGUUAUUUGACAGUGAUAUCAACGUUUAUGGAGAUGCAAAUGUUUACAUUCCUGAGUAUGACUUUAAAACUAGAAGUACAAAGCCUGUUAGUAGAAGCAAGAGGAACUAAAGUUAUCUUAAGAAUAAAAGGGAUAUGCUAAAGAAAAAUUACUAAAUACAGUAGAAAAAUGCAUAUUAAAAUCUCUAAGAAGCUCCAAUUAGUGUGAUGAAAAAGGCUGGAGAUGAAGGAAUGAUGAUUAAGUAAAAUGCUGAUUCUAUCGGGUAUACGCCCAUUCAUAAAUAAGCUCCAACUUACUAGUUCAAAGAAACUUUAGAUGGACUAGGAAUGGUUACUGAUAUUACUGAGUAUGAUAAGGAAAUAAAAGAGUAUGAGCAAAAGAAGUUCCAAAAGACUCAAACAUUAUAACAAAGCUAAAUCAACAAUCAAUUGAAUGAGUCUCAGAUUAAUAACACAACUUAGUUUAAUCAACCUUAAUUGAAUUAGUAAUAUUCUGCCAGGCAUUAAUAUUAAGAUUACAACAUGAAUGAUAAUACCUUCAUCUCUGAGGUAGAUAUAGCUCCUGCUGCUAAAAGAGCUAUGGAGAAAGCGGAAUAUGAAAAAAAGAAAUAGGAAGAGGAGGAAAUUAAAAGAGCAUAUGAGGAAUAACAACUUUUAGAGUAAAAUCAAUAGGUUGACUAUUACGACGAAAAGGUAAAAGCUAUACCUGUUGAAGAGCUUAUCAAGAAAGGAGUAAAUAAGAAGCUAAAAUAAAUGUCCAAUACUAUGUCAAGAACUAUGCAUACCGAAAAUUACUAACAUCCAGUUAUUAAUUUGCAGACAACAAUUGAUACAAACGCUCAAACAUAGCUUAAUUACAAACAAAGAAGUGACACUAUUUAUACUUAAAACUCAUAAUAACAGCCUUAACAGCCUCCAAGAACAAAUCCACCUCCACCAGGCCCACCCCCUCCUGGAGGAAUGCCUCCCCCACCAGGUGGUGGAAUCCCACCUCCUCCUGGAAUGAAUGCUUCAAAUGCUCCAAAAGUAGGUGGAGGCCCUGGAGGUCCCCCUCCUCCUCCCCCAAUAGCAAACUUUCAUGCUCAUCUAAAGGACCAAAAGAAAGGAGCGCCACCACCACCACCUCCUCCCCCUCCACCUCCUCCUCCAAUUAUGACUUAGCCAAAGCCAAAUAACUUGCCACCUCCUCCACCUCCUCCCCCUCCUCCUAAGAUUAAUAUAAUGUCCGAUAAGAAGAAUGAUCCCCCUUCACCUAUAAAUAACAAAGGAAGAAACCACAUGCCGGAUAUUGAUUUAAAGAAUGAUGACUCUAUAAUUUUUGAUGAUUUUGAUCACUAAUCAUUCUUGAACUCUCCGUCAAACUAGUCAAGGAGAGAUGGACCUAUCAUUUUAAAACCUCCUCCUAUCGUUUAAUAGCAAUUACCUCCACCCAUUAUACAGCACCUUCCACCUCCCAUAGUACAGCAGUAAAAUAAUACCAUGAAUCAAUCAAUGUUGAACCAAAGUUAAUUGAACUAGACUACAACUAGUUAGAAAAUGCCUCCUCCACUCCCCAAUAUUUAAAAGGUCUUAAGUUUUUCGGAGUAAAUUGCAGCAGCAGCGAACAACUUAUAAAAGAAAGGAACUACAGUGGCUACCAAUCCCAAAAAAGAGGAAUUCAAAUAAGCACCAAAUUUCUAGAGAAGAUAAUCUCAUAUGGAUGCAUUAAAAGAAUAAAUUAUGCUGAGAUAAAGAGCACUAAAUCCAGACAAAAAGAAAGGAGAAGAAGGAUCAAUGAGUGUGGCUCAAAAGAGUAACCUCAUGUCUAAGUUUGCUGAUAUUGAAUCAGCAGACGAAGAGGAAUCAGAAGAUGAUAGCUAUGAAACAGAUUGA